CAUAUUUAAUACGUUAGGCUUUGACCUCCCCCUCUCCAUCACCCUCGCGUUGCUCGUUCCCUCCCAUUCGUCCCUCAAAAGAGAAGCUUGAGCGCAUCAAAGCUCAAAUCCAAAAAGUGCUUCAAUUCAACGACACAGUGCUCCCACUCUGGCUCAUCCGGGCCAUGGCUGCAAGGAAAAUCAUAGCUGUAUGUCAAUCAGGUGGGGAAUUCGUGACCAACAAAGAUGGGUCAUUGUCCUACAAUGGUGGCGAGGCUUAUGCAAUAGAUAUUGAUGAGCAAACCAAGUUAAAUGACUUCAAGACAGAAUUGGCAGAGAUGUUUAAUUUUAGUGUUGAAAGCAUGACCAUUAAAUACUUACUCCCAGAGAACAAAAGAACGCUCAUCACGAUCUCCAAGGACAAGGAUUUGCAGCGUAUGAUUAGUUUUCUUGGGGAAUCUAAGACAUCCGACAUAUUCGUCAUGCCAUCUGAGGAGGCUACUGCUCGAAACAUGUCAAAUAUGCCUGCUAGUAGGUCAAGCCGAACAACUGUGUCAGAAGCUGGGGUCCCUUUAGAUUCCACUGCUGAUGUUGUGGCUAUUCCAACUGAACAGGGAGAUCUAGACUUAGCAAAUGAAACCCAUUUACAAUGUCUCCCCCAUGGUUCAAAUGAUGAAAAUCACCGUAGAGCUGCACUACAGUGGGAAAACACUAUCACUGGUGUUGAUCAAAGGUUUAAUAGUUUUAGUGAAUUUCGAGAAGCUUUGCAUAAAUACUCAAUUGCGCAUGGAUUUUCUUACAGAUAUAAGAAAAAUGACAGUCAUCGUGUUACGGUCAAAUGCAAAGGUCAAGGAUGUCCAUGGCGGAUAUAUGCUUCAAGGUUGUCAACCACUCAGUUAAUUUGCAUCAAGAAGAUGAAUGCGAAUCAUACAUGUGAAGGAGGUUCUGUGAAAGCUGGGUACCGUGCAACAAGGGGUUGGGUGGGAAGUAUCAUUAAGGAAAGAAUGAAAAUAUCCCCAAAUUACAGACCAAAGGAUAUUGCUGAUGACAUCAAGCGGGAGUAUGGAAUUGAGCUGAACUAUUCUCAGGCAUGGCGUGCCAAAGAAAUUGCAAGGGAGCAACUACAAGGUUCCUAUAAGGAGGCAUAUACGCAGUUGCCAUAUUUUUGUGAGAAGAUAAAGGAAACCAAUCCAGGUAGUGUUGCCACUUUUACCACCAAGGACGACUCAAGUUUCCAUCGUUUGUUUGUUUCUUUUCAUGCCUCGAUAUGUGGUUUCGAAAAUGGUUGUCGCCCUCUUAUUUUCCUUGAUAGUGCUCCUCUGAACUCAAAAUACCAGGGUGUUCUAUUGGCAGCUACGGCUGCUGAUGGGGAUGAUGGCAUCUUCCCAGUUGCCUUUGCUGUAGUAGAUACUGAAACUGAGGACAACUGGCAUUGGUUCUUAUUGGAACUAAAAUCUGCAUUGUCGACAUCUCGCCAGAUUACUUUUGUCGCUGAUUUUCAGAAUGGUUUGAAGAAGUCAUUGGCUGAGGUAUUCGAUAACUGCUGCCAUGGCUACUGCUUACGCCAUCUUGCUGAGAAACUUAAUAGAGACUUGAAGGGGCAGUUUUCUCAUGAAGCAAGACGAUUUAUGAUAAGUGACUUUUAUGCUGCUGCUUAUGCGCCUAGGGCUGAAGGUUUCCAGCGUUCUGCUGAUAACAUAAAAGGCAUUUCUCCUGAAGCUUACAACUGGGUCUUAAAAAGUGAGCCAGCACAUUGGGCGAAUGCAUUCUUCGGGGGAGCAAGGUAUAACCACAUGUCAUCAAACUUCGGACAACAGUUUUACGGUUGGGUAGCGGAGGCACAUGAGUUGCCAAUAACCCAAAUGAUUGAUGUACUACGAGGCAAGAUGAUGGAAUCAAUUUAUACCCGUCGCAUAGAAUCCAGUCAGUGGAUGACAAAGCUGACUCCAUUUAGAGAUGAUAUUUUACGUAAGGAAACCGCAAUAGCUCAGUCGCUUCAAGUGUUACUUUUACAUGGUAGCACAUAUGAGGUUCGUGGAGAGUCUGUUGAUACUGUUGAUAUUGAUAAGUGGGACUGCAGCUGCAAAGGAUGGCAGCUAACUGGGUUACCUUGUUGCCAUGCUAUUGCUGUCUUUGAAUGUUCCGGUAGAAAUCCUUAUGAUUAUUGCUCCGAAUUCUUCACUGUUGAGAGUUUCCGCUUAGCAUAUGCCAAGGCAAUUCACCCUGUUCCAAAUGUAGACAGACCAGUUCAGGGUGAAUUAGAUCAGGCACCAGUGAUUGUAACCCCUCCCCCGACGAAACGCCCGCCAGGCCGGCCAAAGAUGAAGCAGGUGGAGUCAAUAGACAUUAUCAAACGCCAACUUCAGUGUAGCAAGUGCAAGGGCCUUGGCCACAAUAAGAAGACAUGCAAAGGUUCUGAAAUCAUAUGCUAGCUCAUUGGGAGUCGCCAUCCACCCUUUACUUACACCAGUAUGUAACUUUUGACGGCUUUCACUUUUAGUUGAGAAUGUUUCUCAGACAGUAUGGAACUGAUUUGGCUGCGUGUUUUGCAUCUGCCACGAUUAUCUUAAAUCCAAAAUGAGGGUGGAGUGCAUUCCUUUCCUGUUAUGAAGAAAAAUAAAUAAGAUAGGGUAAUUGAUUUGGUCUGCA